UUAAUAACAGCAUCCAAUUAUAACUGCCGGGAGGAAAUCAAUCUGGUAGUGGUUCUAUCACUCAGACGAUUCUAUAUGAUUCAUUUAUUAAUUUUUGUGUUUUCUUGUAUUGUUUGUUGAAUGAUAAAUAAUUAAUAUACCUCUAACUACGGCUGCUAAUAAUAUUCAAUUUCUUCCCGAAACAGCCGAAUAGUGAUAAUUUGGGUUUGAGGCUAUACUUCCUGCUGAAGCAACCAGCUCAGCAGUAGCAGAGAGAGACUUCUGGAAUAGAAGAGGACGAUCCUAAGCAGAUUACACCCAGCAGCCAGGGGCCUAUUCCACUAAUAAACUUUGCAACUUUUCAAUUUGCACUUUGAACUUUGCAUAUAACUGAAAAGUGCAAAGUAAAUGUGUUCCACCAAAAUUUUUAACCUCUUUGCAUUCCUACAGCCAGUCUGAAAAGUCUUUGCAUUAUUUUAUUCAUUGUUUACAUUACUCAUUACUGUUGCCUAGUUUGUAGGUUAUAGAGUGCAUGAUGAGUAAGAACAUAGAAGUUGUGCAUAAAAAAUUAGCAGUAUUAGAACUUAUAAAAGAAAAAAAUGAUAUAUUAUUUGCAAGUUUCUCGAGUACAGUAACACAGAAACAAAAGGAGAAGGAAUUGACUGACAUUCUUUUAAAAGCACAAUGAAUAUCAUUGUCAAUCAUGAAAUUUAUUCUUAAUCUGUACACUUUCCUUACUGGAACUCUGUCAUCUUCAUCAGAUUCAUCACUUGAAUGCAAUAAAAUACGCCUCAUCAUUUUCCUUCUUUUACUUUUGUAGGUUAUGUGUUUAUGUUACUGUUUUCAUGUCUCUCAACCACAUUAAAUUAAAUAAAAUAAUUACUUAGAUGCUAAAUUAAUAACAAACAACACUUUCAACCACCUCAAACAAAUUAUUUAAAUAAGAUCACACAAUAAAAAGUUAAACUGCAAAAGCAAAAUAAUAUUUGCAUAACCUCUGAAAACUUUGCAAAUAUUUAUAGAUGAGUUAUGCAGAGAGAGAUUAUUGUGGAACAGAAACACGUUCAAAAGUGCAAAGUCUUUGCACUUUUCGCUUUGCACUUUUCAAUUUUUGCUUUGCGAAUUAUAAUUUUCGUGGAACACAAGUAAGAAAGAAAAGUGCAAAGUGCAAAGUGAAAAGUUGCAAAGUUUAUUGGUGGAAUAGGCCCCUGGACCGACGAGUUUUGACUUGUACUUGUACACACAUAACCAAGCUUUCCGCUUACAAACAAUUCAUUAGCUUCUGUAUUGAAACUUGGACAUGGGAGAAAGUAAUACAAGACCUUAUAAUCUCAACAAAGCACCAACUGUAGUUGGACAAGGGCAAGAAUGACUGACCCUGUUGUUCUCAAGUAUCUUCACGGAUGUUUGAAUGUGAAACCAUUGAACUGUAAACUACAGCAGCUCCAAGAGAACAGUUCAAAAUUUCCUGUAAAAUUCCCAGUUCAGACAGUUCUGUGUAGAUCCAUAUCGAGUGAGUCGGACGUCACACAAUCAAAUCUAGAGAAGUUUGUCAAGUCAGCUUAUCCAAUCUUGCAUGAAGAAGUUAUUUCACUGUACAUAAAAUUUUUGGAGUAUAAGAAAAAGUAUGGAUCUGCAGAAGAGAAGCUUUUCUAUGCCAAAAAGGGCAUCAUCGAACUGGUCGAUCGCUUUCUGAAGAAGCGUGCUGUUGUAUUUAUGGGAAAAGAAGAUGCUUAUGUUCUACUUGAUGGUAAAAAGGGCAAAGGUGGCUGGGAAGAUGUAGGAAAUGAAGGCCCAAAAUCUGCUCUGAAUUUGAAAGACUGCUUGAGUUAUGAUGAGAUGAAACUCUCAGCUUUGUUGUCUGUUUCUUCACACAGCUACUUCAUAAAUGAUGGCAACAGGCUGAACGCUGGCCAACCAGCCGAAUAUAUGGAAAACAUUCAGAGAACAGGAGUUGUUAUAGGCUUAACUGGAGCAAGGUUUGAGCGCCUAGAGAAAAUGGAAUGGGAAGAUGUUUUGGUCACAAAAGAGCAGAAUACAGACAAAAAAGGUUAUGGUGCACAAAAUGUUGCGAGCAUGCCUCUCUUUUUGUGGAGACAAAUGUGGGCUUCGUUUUACGGUCUUGGUCCUUACCUUCCACUCUACUCGCAAGUAGAGAAAUAUUUCCCAAAGCUGGCACAGCGAUACGUUAAGAUGGACCAAGACUAUUUUGACAACAUAGCGUACAGCAAUCGUAUGGCCAUAUCAUUCGAGACACUUCUUCUGGAAGCCCAGCAUCGAGCCGAAGAAGCACAAACAAGUGCCUACAUCCACGUUGUUGGGAUCGGCCUAGGAGGUGCUUGGAUGGCUUCCCAACACCAGGAGGAAGUUUUCAUGGAUUCUUUCGCCUAUGCACUGAAAAGAUUGCUGCCUGCCCUGCCAAACGUGUCGGACAUAAACUUUUCAUCGUUCAAGCAGACUUCGUGCGGGGGAGUGGUCCACGGUGGCUUCUUCUAUUCCAAGGCACGCCCAAAAGGCAUACAAAUUCACUUCUCUAAAAGAAACCCUCAUGAGAAAAUAGACACGCUGAAAGAUAAACUACUCGUAGUGACGUAUCCAUGGGACAGCAAUGCUCUGCCUGGAAAUGAGUUCUGGAUUGGAUCUUUAACGGACUCAGGAGGCUCUGCCGAGGCGUGCUCCAGCCAGAUUUCUGAGCUUCACAACCCACACAUCAACAGCACCAGGAUAUGCGGCAGCAACCUGCACAUUGCAACCACCAGCUGGGGAGUGAUACACGUGUCAGAGUUUGCACGAUGGAAACAUGUUGUCAGCAAAACACAGACUCUAUGAUAAAACACAAAACUAACAGUUUCUAUAUUUUUAUCACACAACUCAGGAAAUAAACACUAUCAACAUAUAUUUUUUUUGGUAUAAUGUUGUGUAUGCUUUAAUACUGCUUACUCUGAAAAAUCUGUUACAUCCAAAUACUUAAAAGUCAGUUACAAGCAUAUGUAGUUAUUCAACAUUUGAAUAAUUCACCCAAACAAUGUUGUCAUCCAACAGAAAGUAAAUUUACAUAACCGAAAAAAAAAA